UACAACCAACACACAAACGUACACAUGCACCGUACGUCAAAGACGUGCAUAUUUACAUACAAACUAGCGGGGCCUUCUCGGUGACCUGCGCCAGCGCCCACCGGACAGAGUUCACCCAUCGACAGUGUAUAAUAUAAAGUGUACUGCUGUUGAAGUGAAUAAUUCUAACCAAAAUGGCAGCCCCACUCGCUGUGUUCGAAGAAAACGGCGACGCGGGAAGCGACGAAUGGCCUGAAUUCAUAGAUUUUCGUAGUUCAGCAGACGUCAUAAAUUCCAAUGGAGAAGCUUUACCAGUUUUGUCACAGAGAGAGGAAAUUAGCCCGGAUAACUUCAACGAAAUGCGUUCAUCAUCCAUCGAAGACUUGGUCAACAAUUUCGAUGACAAGCUGGCCGUAUGCUUCCGUAAUUACAACAUGAAUACGGAGCCACUAGCACCCGUUAAAAUACUCUCGCAAGAGGAGAUGAUGAAAAAUUGCAAAUUAUGGAAGCAAGUAACGGAUCAGCUAGGACAGGUCAUGCCACUAGACUGGCAGAACUCACACACAAGACGGAAGCACAUGCCUACUCUCAGACUUGUAGAAAAGAGGCCUCGUACUGAUGACCUUGACCUUGAACUCUCUGAAGAUGAAGAGCUUCUUCAGAGUUUGGACCUGCAUUCCAUGAUCCUCUCCUCUCGAUCUCAUCACGACGUCGAUGACAUGGACACGCCCGUGGUCACUGCAGAUGAAGUAAUUGAAGAACUUGAUGAAAUGUUCCAGUCGACAGAUACAACGCCAGAUGAGGUCAUAGAAGAGGACAGACUGUCCAACAUAUCAAGGGAGCUUCAAGCUUUGAGGAAUAGGUCUAUGACAACCAGUAGCUAUGAAGAGAGUAAAGUUGCCCAGGAACUGAAGAACAUGACAUUGGUACAGCUCAAUGAAGUCCUGGAGGAAUUGGACCAGACUGUCAAAGAGUACUCAGAGGUCUUGGUCCAGCAACUAGCCCUGAGAGAGGACCUGGACUACGAGAAGGAGACCAAGAACUCGUUCAUCUCGGCUCUACUCAGCGUUCAGAAUAAGGUCAAGGGACGAAGCGGAACAGGAAACAACGGGGCAACCAAGCAGAAAGUAAAGCAGGACCCUCUCUCUCUACUCAGCAAUAAACUGAAACUCAAGAAUGGCAUUGAACCAGGCAUGUAUCUGACAACGAGAAUACCAUAUCACAAAGAUGCCCCACCAGACUUGGAAACUUUGAGAAUAAUCACAAAAAUUUUGAAAGCAAUUGAUGUGGACAGCAAAGAAGUGCCUGACUUGCUGACAAACUACAUCUUGAAAGUUCUGUUUCCAGCUGGAGCGGACCCAAGCCAGGCAUCGUCACUCUUCGUUGCUCAAAGAUAAAGACAAAAUGGAGGCAGGCAACGACAACGACACAACCGUGAGACUAAUAUUUGCUGCAACCCUUGAGGGAGAGUACAUCAUUGACAUCUACAUUCUACAAAGCUCCGACAGAUAAGAGAUAAGAGAGAAAGGGAGGAAGGAAGUUGAAGCGUUUGACAUUUGUUGUAUAUAAUAACUUCCACCCAUCAAGGGCCAAAAGUUCUUACGUAGGUGCAUUUUUUUCUAAUGUUUAAAGAGUGAUGCUACUUAAUGCAUAUGUCUUAUGAAUGCAGGAAAUAUAUUUGAUUAAUGUCCAUGUUUUUGUUGGAUAUGUUUAAAUCACUAGAAUGCUUAGUCCUAGUUCAGUGGAGUAAUGACACAGAGACAGACGUAGAUCUCUCUGGGGAAUGACUGAAUAUAGUCUCAAGAGAUAGUUAGCGGGAUAGUCGAAUACAAUCCUUAUGUUUGCUGAAAUAUUUAUAUCUCAUGAAACAGUGGGUUUCAACACUAAAUGUUACUAUUUCAUAUAUUGUCAUGUAACAAUAACAAGUUUAAAACAACUCAAAUGGAAAGAAAACCUUGAUCAACUCACAGGAACUAAAAGUGGUUCAACACUAGUAAUGAGAUAUUAUUCAAAUUCAUUUAUUUCACAUCUCUCAAAAAAACCGCAAUGCAUGCAGAAUCAAACAACUUAGGAACAACAUUGUAAAUAAAGAAUUAACAAAUGAUUGCUCUCUUAUCCAAAAAAAACACCAAAAAAAUUGGAGUGAUCUUUUUAGAGAAGAGGGGGAGGGGGUCAUAGACAUUCUCUUAUUACAGUAGUAUGACUGAUUCGUCAGUUACAUUAUUGUAAGAGUGAGCAUUCCAGUGAAUUAUGUCAUAUUUUUCGCUGUGGUUGGUCUACAAAAUCAACUUUUUUUAGAAUGUACUAUAUAAGUUAAAUUGAUAUGCAUUCAUUCCACUUUCAAACUAUUGAAGACUUCCCCUCCCGCCCUGUUUGUAUAGUUUAUGCAGACCCUUGUACAUAGAAAUGCACACAGGUAUUAGCUAGUAGACAGAGGCUAGAGAAAGAUUAGAUGUUUGGAAGUACGAUAGUUUGUGUUAUGACUGGAAAAUAGGUGUAUGGUGUUUUGAGAAAAGAAUCGAAGAAAUUGUGGGGGAAAUAUCAAGUCACAAAAAACAACUUUUGUAGCCUACCGGUAUUUUACAUCCUGCUGGCUAUUAUAUUAUCUCCAUCUUCAUCAUCAGAAAAUGAAUUUAUAACACAUGAACUUUUGAACUUUAAUGGAAUCGUAUUUUAAGAAACAUACAUUUGUGGAGUAUAACUGUUAUCUGGUUAUCUCUCAUAGUUUUUAAAGAACAAAUUUCUCAUACUUCUGGUAAAACAUGUCAUGUUGAAUAAGCAAAGGAUAUUGAAUAUGUGAUGUGGUGAAUAGUGGUGAUGUCGAUGAUUACUUCAUAUACAAGCAUAUAUAGAUUAAAAAUGGAUUACAAAUUCAAGUUAGAUUCUCAAAUGCAGAAUGUAGAUUAUGAGGUGUACCUGUAAGUAUAGGAUGUGGUUGCUAGUAUAGAAAAAUCCUUUUCAUUAUCAAACAAAUUGAAUAUGUAGCUGUAUAUAAAUCUUUAAAAAUUAUCUAUAUCUGUAGAGUUUUUUCAAGUCUGAAGAAUUCUUCAAAAAGUAUUUAUUGUUAGAUAUUAAGAGCAAUGCUUUUUUCUGCCGACUAUGUGUACCAAAAAUAUUAUUCUGCAUUGUAUGCCGUUCGAGUGUGAAGGAAAACCAAAGCCUAAUUGUAACUGAUCAUGCUUAUUGGGUAAAACACAUAAAUAGGGAGGUUUACAGAAAAAGAAGGAACAAAAAUCUGGAGAGAAAGAAGGAUAAGUGCAAAAAAAAUCUGAAGAAUACCACAAGAAACCAGGCAAAAUUUAUUGUAUGAAUCAGAGGGUUCAGCAUAUUCUAUCUCUAUGACAAAAUUUUUCGAGCUGUUCAUUAUUUUAACAAGUACAGAAAAACAACCCACGAAACCCAUAACACAGUGUUUUAAUCACCUUUGCUAAUUAUGGAUAAAUUAUUUAUCUUUAAGGGUAUAAAAGUGUAACGAAAUACUCUUUAUUCUGGUAAAUCUCAGCUUAGAGCAUCAUAAUAAGAUGCAAAAGAUCGAAACCAGUCAGAUUUUUUAGUCAGAAAAGCUAUUUUUUAUAAGUUGUAGAAUGUUCGCAUAUAUGAGUUGUCGAUUAGCUUUACUUUAAGUGUAUUAUUGUUGUUUCAAUUGCUAUGCAUUAGGCCAUCUCUUAUGCUGAUGUGUUUAGUUCCACCUUUUUACUAUGUAUUUUGUACAAUUGUGUGUGCUUAAUGUUGUUAAUAUUAUUUUUCUACGAAUAUCCACUCUCUUCAAUGGAUGACUUUCCAUGAACUCACCUAUGUGUUUUAUUUGCAAUUCCUUUGGUGCCAAUAUUGAUUUUUUGUUUUUAAACAAUUAUUUUGAUUUGUGUCAGGGUAUGUUUACUUCAAGUAGCAUUGUUUCUGAUUGAAUCAAAGUUAUCUUUAACUCAUGUUAAUCUGAGAAACAUAAUCAAACCUCAGCAGAGUGUGAUAAGGAAAUACAUAUUGAAGGCUGCUUUCUUUUUUUACAAGUUUGUUAUGUCAUCUCCAAAUUAUGAUGCUUCAAUAAAAUGUGAUUUGUUUUCUUUAGAUCAAUUUAUUUACAUGCUGCCUGCAAAUGCUUAUGCUAAUCUUUCAAAUCCAAAAUGAUAUCCAGGGAUUUGUUUUAUCCCCUAGGGUGUGUUUUUCAAUGUAAGCAUGCCCUUUUUAGAUAGGCAUUAUAAAAGGACAGAAUGAAUAGCAUGAUGUUAGACUUAGAAGAUGAAAAAUAGCUACGGUUUUCCUACUCAAAAUCAUGUGCAAUUUUGUAUGUAAAUAAGAUUUCUAAAAAUUGAUUGAUUUCUAUGUUUUUCUUUUUUGCCAAUUAUUGUACAAAUAUAAAUUCAAUCAGUGUUGUGAUAUUUCAACUCUAUAUGAUAUGUAAAUGGCCAUGUGUUUUGCAAUGAUAUUUUGCCCCUCUUGUAUUUUUCACUAAAUGAACGUAUUUAUGAAAUAGACAAAUAUGGGCAGUAAAAGAGCGUCAUGUACUUGGUUGCAGGUACAGGGUCGGAUAAAUAAAAGGAUUCUUGGUAUAAAUUCUGCAAGUAAACAUUAGUAAAUUUAUUUCACCUACAUUACCCCUACAUGAAAUGUACAUGUAUGUCUGUACUGCUUGUGUAGUAUCACAGUGGUUUGAUGGUCAGCCACUUUGAAUUUCAAUUCAAUGUGUGCCCACCAUAUUGGUGUUUGCAGUGCUGUCCCUAUAGCCCCAGUCGUACCUGUAAUGAUAAUAGUAAACAAUAUGCCUAUAUAUAAUGUAAUGAUAACAAUAAUAGUGGUCCCUUCUGAAUUAUUUCAGCAACUAUAAAAUCCUUGGGGUGCUGUAAAUCAAAUAUGAUUGACACCAGGUUCACCAGCAUAAAACCAUAUUAAUACAUGGGACCUGCAACAAUUUUCCACAUAAAAAGCUAGUAAGUAAUAUGGGAAUGAGUAGUAUUCUUGUUAUUGUUAUUGUUAUUAUCCAGGGCCUUGUCUUAAAUAAAUAGUUGCUUUUGAUUCAAAUUGUUUGCAACAUGAUACUAGUAGCAUCUCUGUUCUAUAAGGAUAGGAGUUUGUAAAUUUGUGAUUGAUAUGGGGAUAUAUAAUAUAUCCAUAUCAAUCUAAACUCCAGGGGCCUGUUUCAUAAAACUUAUUAUCAAUAACAAGUUACAAGCUACUGUUAUAAGCUACUGAAAUCAUGGCAUCUGAUUGGCUGAGAGCAAAUUUGUCAUAGAAAUUUAGCAGUUGUUAUAGAUAACAAGUUUUAUGAAACGGGCCCCAGGACCCACGUCUGAGUAGCCGUAAUAACACUUAAUCUUUAAGAGUUGCCCUGGUAAUGACCAUUUACUGGAUACAUGGUGAUUUAUAAUAUUGGAUGAUGUUUUAGGUGGUAAUGUACUCUAACUUUAUGCCAAUACUUUCAAUUUCCAAAAUGUUAAAUUUUUGUUGCAAGUACUUACUCAUACUACAUUUGGAUUAUGUAGCAGCAGAUUAUAUCUGUACUUAAUAAUUAAGAUAGGGAUUCUGGAUGCGUUUUUCCCCUUCUCCAUGUUAAACAAUGAUUGAAUGGUAGGUGUCAUUAAUAAAUAACAUUGUCUCAGCAAAUAAAACUAAUUACUCAUAAACCUUGCAGGAUUUUAGAUCAAAGAUAAAAAUGUUGCUUGAUUUUAAUUCAAGCUAUAAAUAUUGUCACUAUGUGUGUCAUCUUAAAAUUUGAUUUCCAAGAAUUGGGACACCUAUUCCUUUCAAGGCAAGUGAAGGUGGUCAUGAGUGAUCCUAAGGUUAGUAGAAUCAUAAUAUCCCUCCCCACCCAUCUAAUUUGAUAUUUUACUGGUCAAG